CAGUCUUGCGUGUUGACUAAUCGUCAAAAGAGGCCGUGGGGGCACCUAGGUCCGUGGUACUACCAGUACCAGUCACUUUCGAAUUUCGAAAGCUGCGUCGGGGUUCGCGGUGCUCUCUGUACGCCCAGAUCGAACAUUUUCAUGGAAAGUUGUGUACGAAAGCAUUUCGCGAGUGUUGGGCCUCACGGGAAUGGAUACAGUGCUCUGGAAGAUGAAGAUGAGAUGGUGAAAGUGGCCAGUGAAGUGAUUUAGUGAUAUUUGUGCUUGCGUGUCCGUUUGACAGCAGUGCUGCUAAUUGGCUCGCGACCUUGCCACUGUGUUUGCUGCUCAAUGUUUGGCCUCAAUGGCCCGAGCGGACUCGAUGGACUGCAGACUUGUGGAAGUGCCAUCUAGCAGAUUGGUCAGGUUAAAGCAUGACCAGAGAGUAUUAUGUGCAGUGCUCACCGUUUGCUGUUCAGGGUACACCUACGGGUAGGGGGCUCUCCUACCUUGGCAUGGACUCUGGCUCAGAGCAGCACGGCUCUGGGCUCCACUACCUCAUGAAUGAACAAGCAAAGUCCCUCGCAGCUCUACAUGAAUUACAGAAUGAGGUCGGCGCAUUGCUGGAGUUCCGUGAUCUUGUUAUUGAGACAUUCCCCCAUCUUCGAAGUAAGAUGGCAUCACAGCCAAGUAGUUCGGGUGCGCUUUCGAGCUCCAAUACCACACCCAACUCUUCCAACGCUGGAAUGUCGCAUAUACCAGUACCCACCACCAGACGAGAAUGGGAGCCAGGAGUCAGGGUCAAACGAAAACUGGGGAACAAGGAUCACGAAGCAAAUUCUAGCUCUCUGACACUGAGCCGAAGCCGCAGUAAUAGUCAGGGCUCUAAAUAUCCUACAUCACAACUUCUGAAUGGUGCAAAUGCCAGUAGUGGUAGUAGUUCAACUGGGAGCAGUGCCAUUCAAGAUUCAGGAUUUGGCACAGAGAGUAAAGAACACUAUUCUGCUUCCAGUAGUACGAGUCAGAGAGGUGGUGGUGCCAGUGUUGCUAGUGCAGAAGAUGAAUUAUGGAAUUUACUUGACGUUAUUCACCGUAAAGGCACUAAACUACGCCAGGAAGUUGAACAUCUUCAAACACGGCUUCAAGAUCGAGAUGGAAACGGUGAGAGGUAUAGAGACAGAGAUAGAGGACGAGCCCGAAGUCUUGGUUGUGUUCCUUCUAGUGACAGUUCACGAGACUUAAGAGCAUCAUCUUUGCAACCAAGAGAAAGAUUAUCAAGAAGUGUUGAGAAAUGUUUUGGUGACAUUGCAGAUGAGUAUUUAGAUCGUGGUGACCUAGCUGAUGAAGAUUCUCGUGAUAGUGUGGAUUUUCGUACUCAACAGCUCUUAGAAUUAGGACGAGAAGAAGUGCGUAGCUUAAGGAAAGAGAGAGACCUCCUCCUUGAUAGAUUGGCAGAAAUGGAAGCUGAAAUGUUGUCUAGCAGAGCUCGCACAUCUCACCUGAAGAAUGAGAUUGGUGCCUUAUCUUCUGCCAAAAGAGAGUUAGAAGACCAACUUCAAUCAGCCAUGUCCCAAAAAACUGAACUUAACUCAAGGAUACAUGAUCUACAUCUACAGUUUGUGAGAAACCCAGGGAGUAACGUCAAUGGUACUCUUGUAAAACCAGUGGCAGUCCAAUCGCCGAAACGAGCUGGUGUGGUAACUCAGUUUAUCUCUAGUCAGCCCGUCAAACCAACAGCCUCCUCUUGUUUCACUCCAGUUUUAUCCUCAAGUUCUCAAUCAGAAGAAAAGCUCAGAGAGCCCAUUAGUCAGUCUCGGUACUCCAAAAGCAGUAGUGGAGAAUCAAAGGUUUUCCAGUCCACAGAUAGAUCAGCAAGUGGCUCUGCAGCUAGUGACUGUGCCAGUUACAGUGAGUCUUCUUCUCACCUCACUCGCUCUGAAUUUGUUGGGAGGAAUGUUAAGUUAGGCACUCUUGAUGGUAUCAUAAGUUGCCCUAAUGAAAUUCCUAACUUUAUUCGCGGAAUUGAUCCUGAUGUUGAUCGGAUUGCUGCUGUUUUGAAGGAAACGGAUCAUGUGGAACUUCAACGACAUUUAUUGACAAGUAUGGCUGAAAACAAAGCUCUGAGAUUGAGAAGUGUCAGUGAGCAAAGAAUAAGAGAGGGGUUGACACAGCAGCUGGAUACAACUCGAGAUGAAAAUGAUGAUUUGAGGUUUCAACUAGAAGAGAGAAAUAUAGAGUUGGAGGGAACUAGGGCCAGAGUACGUGUGCUUGAAAAGAUUCAUCAAGUUACUCUUCCAGCAGAUAAUCAGAUUCAAAUGAAACCACCUUUGCAAAACAUUGCAACUGGAGAUGAGACAGUUAACCAACAGCACAGUAGUAGCACAGAAUCUGCUCACGAUACCGAAGGCCAAAGAGCACCUACAACCACCCCUGCUGCAUCUCCAACAUCGUCUCACAUAGCACUUCCCAAAGCCCCUAUGUCCCCUCGCCGCCGGCCCAGUAAGAUUCCACUUGUGAAAUCAUAUUGUGCGCCAAAGCCACCUGGCAACAAGACUUCACAAGAUGGUACCUCGAACAGCACUGGCACCAGCAUCAGCAGUACUGGGAGAGAGACCUUGAAGAGGAGGAAAGCAGCUUCUUCUCCUGCCUCACGUGGAACAUCCAUACCUGAUGGAUCAACUCUGUCUUGGAGACAGAGAAGGGACAGCAGCCCAUCACUUGGACCAGCCGGUCGCAGCCGUGACUCUCUGAGUUCAGGAGGAAUUGGGAGAAGUUCUUCAGCAUCUGUGCACCAUGGCAGCCGCGAGUCACUGGGUGGGCCAAGAUCACGUAGUACACCUGCAAAAAAUGAUGGUAACCUCAGCAAGAAUCCAUCUCUUGCUUCCUCUUCAUCCUUGAGUCGCCGUGAACUUGCCAAGUCUAGAGAUUCGGUCCAUUCAUCACCUGGAGGUAGGAAAUUUCACACCAGUCAGGUUCGAAGAAGUAAUAUUAGUAGUACAUCUGUAAGUCGCACAAAUUUAAAUGACACUGAGCAAUCAAAGGCCCGCCCCACUAGAUUGUUUUCAUGGGGUAAUUGGUGGAAAAUAGGUAUUUUAGAUAGUCCUUCAUAAAUUAUAAAUUGUGCUCAGCAAAUAUAAUAUUAACAAGGAUAUAGUUCAGUACUUGAUUAAUGUUAUUUUUAUGCUUUUACACAACUUUCUUUUCUGAUGAUAGUCUUCACAAGCAUGUACGAUCAGGUACAUGUGUAUUUAAAAGGUGCUAUUGAAUGUUUGUGAGGGUGUUCACUAUUCCCGUAUAAAUAGUUAGCACAUAUCUAAUGCACAAUACUCUCUAUAUGUUAUUGUGCUUUCCUAUCCAAUUGACAACUAGACUGCAAGAGGAUGAAGCUGGUACCUCUGUGGGAAAUCUUUUCUGUAGGGUGGUAGCUGUUAAAAGGCUGAUUAGUUACUUUUCAUCAUUUUGCAUUGAUAUGUGCCCUUGUAAUUUUUAUCAAAAUAUCUCAAUCUGUACUAGCUUUUCUUUUACCAUAUAGAUUGUUAUAAGAUUUUUUUUCCAAAAGAGCAAAGCUCUUAAAACCCUUUAGUGGUAAAAUUUCAAAGUUAAGAGAUUUAACUUACUCUAAAGGUCCUAUUUUGCUUAAUUUGCAGUUGGUGUGCCAGUUCCAUUUGCUCAACUUCAGAGGCAUGACUGAGAAUGAUUGGUGCAAAGCACAGAAAUAAUUGCUGUAUCUGUGUUUGUGUGUGCAUGGUUAUUUGUAUCUCUGUGAUUUAAAAUUGAGUGGGAAAAGGAGUUGACUGCUCAGAGCUGCUUUUAAUGACUCAUUUAAUUGUAAUCAGUGCUUUCUUUUGAAUGCAUUGUAAAAAUGUUUCCAUUGAGCCACAUAACAAAUUUAUUAUUAACUAUGAUUUAAAAUUAGUACAGUGGUUCUGUAUUUCAUCAUUCAAUCAAUAAUCUACAUCUGGAAUCAUUCCAGUCAGCGCUUUUCCUUGAACAUAUUUUCUGUUCUAAUGUUUAUUUUGUUGUGCAUUUCUUUUCUUUUCUGUGUCAAGAUGUGUGAGCUGUUUGCUGCUCACUCUAGUUACAGGAUAGGAACACUUUCUUCUUUUCAAUUAUGUUGUAUGUAUGUAGUACUAUGUACUUUUUGAGGCCUUGUUAGCUUUUAAGUUAAUAUGAUGUAAAUAUGUCUUCUAAAGCAUAAUUAAUGCCAGUGCACAUCACUUGAAACAUCACACUUUAACAUGAAUCUCUAUUAUGAUAGUAGUUGCAUUUUUGUAUAGUCAGCCUUAAUAUAAUUUGCAUGUGGAGAGGUCCUUGGUAGGCUCUCUCCUUUUGCAUCAGUUCAAUUUAUCAGCUAAUUUAUUUUUUCAAACCUCUGAUGUUUGUGAUUUGUCCAGCUGCUUUUUUUCCUUCUUUAACUCUUAAAUAUUUUUAUUGUGAUGCAAAGUUUAUUGACUGCACAAAUUUGUUGUCUGUGAUUGCUCAAGAAAACAAUUGAUAGUGUCCUACAUGUUAUAAUUUCUAUCCAUUUCCUUAUAUUCUUUUUUUGUUGUGUAUUUCAUAUACUAUAUGUAUGACUCUCUAGACAAGACAGUACCUUUGUCUGUACUUUGACAUUGAACAAUGUUGCAUUCAUCCAUCAAAAUACAUGCUCCUGUUUCUUUCUUUUUUGGACUCCUUAAUCUAUAGAGCUAUAGGUGCAAGGACAGUUCUAUCUUGGUACAGCCUGUGUUAAUGUCAUUUGGUUACUUCUUUUUGUUUCUAUCUGUGUCCGUGCAUCUUCAACUUAGUUCAUACAUUUGAUGAGGAAAAACUGAUUUAGGGUAGCAACGGACAUCCUAAUGUAUUUUAAUGGUCUUACUACUUGUGCAUCUGUAAGCACAUGUUGAUAUUCUAUAUGUUCAUUUAACUUCAAACCAUAUUUAACAAUAAGACUUAUGACCCCUAAAAUUAAAUUUUAGAAAAGUGCAAUUUCAAAUUGUUAUGCCCGUCAAAGUUGGUGUUUGUGGGCAUUCCUGUUUACUGAUGUGGUGUGUAACCAACCUUGAUUAAUACAGUUGUGGCUCAGCCAUGUUUCCACACACAAAAAAAAUAAUAAUAAGAAAAAUGAUGCAAUGCAUUUCACUGUACAUCACCCAAUUUGCCUUGUAUGGCAAGGGGUUGCAUUUAUUAGGUUCCACUUGUCUAAUACUGUAGGCAUUCUUUUUCCCUUAGCUGAUUCUUGUUCUUGUAUUAUCAAAAAUUCUUGUCAAAUUGAUUGAACCUCUUGAGUUGUAUUACCUAUUGUACCUAGUCAAUCAUGACUUGGCAAAAUUGUCAAAGAUUCAUGUG